AGGUUUUACCCAGAAUACCUUUAAUCACGAUGCAAGGUCUCCUACCUGUUACCUCCGGAAAUAACUAUCCCUGAACCGUCCAACAAAGCGCUUUUGUGAGUCAAAGAGAAACCUGAAACAUGGAGACCGAGUGGGGCAUAGACGAUCCGCCCUCCCCCUCCUUUGACCGUCUGCCGAGUCCUGCAAUGGGCCUGGAGGCGGAGAACGAGGUGGCUGGAAAUUGGUCCGCACUAACGAACCUUACCCGGCUGGUGGCAGCUGCGGCGCCGGAUAUCGCCAACUUUACGCUCAACAUGCUGGACGUGGGCGUGGCGGGACUGGCCACUGAAGUGGCCAAUGCGACCAUCAGCACCACGCCCCUGCCCGCCUAUGCGAUUGCCAACAGCUCCUCGCUGGCCCACACCAACAGCCGGCACGAGUCCCCACCGAUGGCCGAGCAGGUGCCGGAGCAUGUGAUGGACCCCAUGGACCAUGCCCCCCAGCUUUCGCGCUCCGGCCUGCUGAAGGUGUAUGUCCUGGCGGUUAUGGCACUGUUCUCCCUGCUGGGCAACCUGCUCACCAUCUGGAAUAUCUACAAGACCCGCAUCUCGCGGCGCAACUCGCGGCACACCUGGAGCGCCAUUUACUCCCUGAUGUUUCACCUGUCCAUCGCCGACGUCCUGGUCACCUGGUUCUGCAUCAUCGGCGAGGCCGCCUGGUGCUACACGGUCCAGUGGCUGGCCAACGAGCUCACCUGCAAGCUGGUGAAGCUCUUCCAGAUGUUCAGCCUCUACCUCUCCACCUACGUGCUGGUGUUGAUCGGAGUGGAUCGCUGGAUAGCGGUCAAGUACCCGAUGAAAUCGCUCAACAUGGCCAAGAGGUGCCAUCGACUGCUGGGCGGGACCUACAUCCUCUCUCUGGUGCUAAGUCUUCCUCAGUUUUUCAUAUUCCACGUGGCCCGAGGUCCGUUCGUGGAAGAGUUCUACCAGUGCGUCACCCACGGGUUCUACACCGCCGACUGGCAGGAACAAAUGUACGCCACCUUCACGCUGGUCUUCACCUUCCUGCUGCCACUGUGCAUUCUGUUCGGCACCUAUAUGUCAACCUUCCGGACUAUUUCAAGCAGCGAAAAGAUGUUCCAGGGGUCGAAGUUGGCCAACUACUCCACGGCCAAGCUGCCCACGCAGACGAACCGCCAACGGCUCAUACACAAGGCCAAAAUGAAGUCACUCCGGAUUUCGGUGGUGAUCAUCAUCGCCUUCCUCAUCUGCUGGACUCCCUACUACGUCAUGAUGAUUAUCUUCAUGUUCCUGAAUCCCGACAAAAGGCUGGGCGACGAUCUGCAGGACGCCAUAUUCUUCUUCGGGAUGUCCAACAGCCUGGUCAACCCGCUCAUCUACGGCGCCUUCCACCUGUGUCCUGGCAAGGGUGGCAAGUCGAGCGGGGGCGGUGGCAACAACAACGCCUACAGUCUAAACAGGGGCGACUCUCAGCGCACACCAUCAAUGCUGACGGCGGUGACCCAGGUGGACGGCACCGGAGGCAGCUCCCGGCAGAUGCGGGCCUUUCGCCAGCAAAGCUACUACCGCAACUCCAGCAACGGUGGCGUUGGAGGCGGUGGAGGAUCAGGAGGAGGAACCUUCAAGGAGCAGGUGGGUCUGCUGCACGUAGGACCCGGCUCGGGACCACCCGGCGGGCCGGCUUCCAUCUCCGGCAGUAGCGGUGCCACCCCCCAACUGAUGCGAAAGGGAUCUGCCCUGCUGGCCCGCCAUCCAAGCUGCUUGCGGGAGCAGCUCCUCCAGAACUCCAGAGACCAGAGCCAGCCCUCCACCCUGGUCCUCAACUACGACAGCCAGCGAGGGGGCGUCGGCGUGGGCGUGGCCAGUGGUCUGCUGGACAACAACGAGCGGGUGUCGAGCGUGUGAGAGCAGCUGGCGAUGGCGGCGGCGGCGUUGGCGCUGGAGAUGCCACACGCCGAGGUCGAAAACGUGGCCAAGGACCUGGCGACGGAGGACGCCUGCUCCUGCUGCCAUUGCCUGAGCAGGGAGCUGGUGCGACGGCAGCUAGAACUCCAAGAGCUUCCAGUGCAGUGAGGCGAGUGCCCCACGCUAGAGCACAGAGUGAGAGAUUGGAAACUGCGGAUGGGAUUGGAACCGAAGGACGGCGUUAUGGAGGAUCAGAGAUCACCGGGACGCAUGUGCAACUUGUGCUUAGUUAAUGCUAAUCGAGAGUUAAGUCUUCAAACACAAUGGGUGUGCUUAGAGGUAGCGUAGGAUUAGAGUCUAGGUCGUAUGGAAGUGUUGCCCGACAAUGGGGGGAAGUCAUAGUUGCCACAAAGCCUUUACCUUAAGUUUCUAUCCUAAAAUCUAACAAUCUGUCAAUAAUACUUACCAAUGUCCCCAGUUUGAAUAGUUAAUCCCACAACUGACUCGAUUAAGUGGCUUUUUAUAGCCAAUGUUAAUUUAAUUGAUAAACAACUAUAAUUGUAAGCAAUCAUUGAGUUUCUCUCAGUUUCUGGGCAACAAUGUAAAGCUAAUUACAAGCAUGAGUCGUUUGUUCAAUUUAAUUUCAUCUCUAAAGCCAAAAAACAGGGUACCAAUUGUUUGUGUAAAUACUAUUAGCUUGUGGAACUCCUUUUGCAGAGCUUUUGUGGUUAGCACGAAACUUGAUCUGCAGGAGGAGUCCUUGUUCUCUAAUCUUAAUCUAAGACUUACUCACUUAAGCAAACCUCUCUCGAAUAAUUGUUCCAAGAUCGAGAAUCAAUUUUAUUUUAAAAACCUAAAACUUCCGUUCAAGGACCAUAUUGACUGGAAGUCGUAAUUCUUCCUUUUUUUUUAAUGACAUUUUGUCGAAAAGGAUUCAAUAAUUUACGAGUUACUUUAAACGAAUAACACCGAACAGGACAAUUCAAUUUGUCCAAAGAGUCCCUGGAGAGCAAGUGGAGAACACUACAGGAUGGAGAGCCGAGGACACAGGACGCAGGACAAAGAGGAACUGUCAAGACACAUAUAUGUCAUUAAGGGGAUCCACUGCAAAGCAUUAUGGGAAUCCGCCGCUGGGACGUUUAAAACUCCACAAUUCCGCAUGUUUAUGCUCAUCUACCCACAUCCCGUUUGCAUAUUCAUGUGCUCCGCACUUUCCCCCGUACUUAUGUAUAAAUAAUCUGUGUCAAAUUUGUAUAGUUUAUUUUUUAAUAAAACCCGAAUGAUCCUUGCGAAACUUUA